AUGGGUUUCAAUCAUGCGGAUAAUAAGGGCCCAACGAGAGCGUCCCCACCUGAGACAUCUGGCAAAGGUUCGGAAGGGUUCGUGCAAGAGCCUGUCGCUGUCAUUGGGCUUGCUUGCCGACUUCCAGGGAGAAAUACAUCACCACGAACGUUAUGGAAUUUCCUCGAAAGAGGGAAUGUUGCGAGUAACAGCGUCCCCGAGUCUCGUUUCAAUCUUAAAGGACACUAUGACGGCUCAAAGAAGCCAGGUACGAUGAGGCCGCCUGGCGGAAUGUUCUUGGAAGAUGUGGAUUUGGAAACUUUUGAUGCAUCCUUCUUCGAGAUCUCGAGGGCUGAAGCGGUUUCUAUGGAUCCAAAUCAGCGCCAGCUUCUUGAAGUCAUUUAUGAAGGACUUGAAAAUGCUGGCGUUUCUUUGGAAUCGAUCGACGGAGCUCCGGUUGGCUGCUUUAUCGGGUCCUUUGCUGCAGACUAUCAUGAUAUGCAAGGCAGAGAUCCUGAAGAUAGGCCACCUUCGAUCGAGGUGGGAAUUGGGAGAGCAAUACUGAGCAACCGGAUAAGCCAUUUCUUGAAUAUCAAAGGCCCAAGUGUUACGGUCGAUAGUGCUUGCUCUGGCAGCCUUGUUGGGGUGGAUAUGGCAUGCAGAUAUCUUCAAACAGGGGAGAUAUCGUCAGCCAUUGUAGCAGCAAGCAAUCUAUACCUCAGCCCGGAGCAUGUCAUGGACACCGGUCCGAUCGGAAUGGCACAUUCGCCAAGCGGAAGAUGCCACACCUUCGACGCAAAAGCGGACGGGUAUAUCAAGGCCGAAGCUGUUAACGCUAUCAUCUUGAAACGUCUUGAUGAUGCUAUACAAGACCGGGAUCCUAUCAGAGCUGUCAUCCGAGGUUCAUCAACCAACAGCGAUGGUAGAACGCCUGGUAUAGCAUCACCAAAUCCAGCCGCUCAGGCCGCGGCGGUAAAAUCUGCGUAUUCUAACGCAGGCAUUGAGAGCUUUGAAGCUACGUCAUAUCUAGAAUGCCACGGUACAGGCACUCCGGCAGGUGAUGUAUUGGAGACUCAGGGUGUUUCAGCAGUGUUUGCUGGUGGCCGGUCAGCAUCUGCACCCUUGAUAGUCGGAUCGAUCAAGAGCAACCUCGGACAUUCAGAGCCAGCAGCCGGAUUGAGCGGAGUAUUCAAGGCAAUACUUGCAAUCGAGAACGGGAUUAUCCCUGGAAACCCUACCUUCGAAACACCAAAUCCGAAAAUCAAUUUCGAGGAGCUGAGAAUCCGUGCCAGUCGCACUGCGAUUCCCUGGCCAAAAUCUGACUUUCGCCGCGCGAGCGUAAAUUCUUUUGGGUAUGGGGGCACCAACUCGCACGUCAUCCUUGACGAGCUCAAGACGCUCCGGCCAGAGCAGAAUGCCAACCACGUCUCGUCCUAUUUGUCGCAGGACGACGAUAUUUAUGAUGAGGAAGUGUCAGCUCGGCCAUAUACUCUCGUAUUCUCAGCAAAUGACGCAGCUUCGCUGCAAGCAUAUGUUGCUACACUAGACCAGCACGUCAGCAGUCUUGACGUGAAGGUGAAGCCAAGAGAUUUGGCCUACACCUUGUCCGAGAGACGUAGCCACCACUUCUACCGGGGUUAUAUUGUGGCUCAUGGCAAUGAGAUCGACUCGAAGACCAUGGUAAGUGGCAAGAAAUCCGGUGAAAAGCCUCGAAUUGGUUUUGUUUUCACGGGACAAGGAGCUCAGUGGUCGCAAAUGGGUAAAGCUGUUGUUGACACGCUCCCUUCUGCCAAGCCGCUGCUGGAAAAACUUGAUGCCGCCUUACGGCAGUUGCCCAACCCGCCCUCUUGGUCUUUGCUUGGCGAGCUAACCGAGUCGCGCCCUAGCGAGCACCUCCGUCUGCCAGAAUUCUCCCAGCCAUUGGUCACAGCAUUGCAGCUCGUCCUUCUCGAUGUACUCCGACGCUGGGGCGUCGAUCCUCAGAGCGUUGUCGGCCACUCUUCAGGUGAGAUUGCCGCCGCGUGCGCCGCAGGUUAUCUUAGCGAGGAAGAUGCCAUCAAGGCUGCGUUCUACCGCGGCCAGUCUGCGAAGAACUGCAGGCACGAGGGCGAGAAAACGCUCGGUAUGCUGGCCGUUGGAUUGGGGCCAGAUUCCGUCAAGGAGUACUUGGUCGAUGUCCAGGAAAAAGUUCAGAUUGCCUGUUACAACAGCCCAAAAAGCGUCACGUUAUCAGGUGCGGCUGACGCUCUCGAGAUCGUCAAAGGAAAGCUUGUCAAGCACGGCCACUUCGCCCGAAUGCUGCUAGUGGAUCUGGCCUAUCACUCCAACUUCAUGUCUGAAAUUGGGGAAGACUAUGAAACAUUGCUGCAACAAAAUUUCAAGCCUCUGGACGCGAAGAGAGGGAGUGUAGACAUGUUCUCCUCCGUUCUGGGACAGAAAAUGUCAGGGUUAACGGAUGCCAAAUAUUGGAGAUCUAACAUGGAAUCCCCUGUGAGAUUCGAGGAAGCUUGCCGGGAAAUGCUAUCAGGCCGCACCGGUGCUGACUACCUAAUCGAGAUUGGUCCAAGUGGUGCGCUUGCUGGUCCUGUUUCACAAAUCAAAAAUAUCAUGGGAGCAGACGGUUUGAAGGUGCAGUACUGCGCUACUUUGAGCCGUGGUGCCGAUUCGAUCAACUCCUUAUUCGACAUGGCCGGCAAGCUCUUCAUUUCCGGAGCCAGCAUUGCCCUCUCAGAAGUCAAUAAUGAUCAAGAUUCGAGCUUGUCUUUGCCCUCUGUGAUUGUGGACCUGCCAAAUUAUGUUUGGAACCAUAACAAUAAGUACUGGCACGAGAGCCAAGCCAGCAAAGACUGGAGAUUCCGUCAGUUCCCUGAACAUGACCUCCUCGGCUCUAAGAUAUUAGCAACCCCUUGGCAUGCCCCAGCCUUUAGGAAGACGCUCCUGCUUGAACGCCUUCCUUGGUUGAAGGAUCAUAGAAUGGGAACAGACAUCAUUUUCCCUGCCUCUGGCUAUAUCUCCAUGGCGAUGGAGGCUUUGUAUCAGACCAGCACAGCGCAAGGAAUCCAUGUGGAUAAGCCAUCUGCUGCAUUUUUGCAAUACCGCCUUCGGAGCGUCAAGUUUGAAAAAGCUCUUGUUCUUGAGGAAGGCACGGAGUCGAAAGUGGUGCUGUCAUUGAAUCCUCUGGCAGGAACCAAGAAUACUUGGUAUGAGUUCCAGGUGUCAUCGUCGAAUGAUGGGAUAUCCAUGACGCAUUGCACAGGACUAAUCCGCACCGAAGAUGUCAAUGUGAAGAUCGCUCCGAGAGAAGAUCUAGCUCAGCUCAAAUAUCCCACACCUGCUCACCUGUGGUACAAAGCCCAGACCGAAGUUGGCUACGGUUUCGGUCCAGGAUUUCAAAAACAGUUGUUCGUUGAGACUGUUGCUGGACAGAGGGAGAGCAGAUCUAUAACAUCGCUGACCGAACCUGAGUCUGCCCACUCGCCUCAAUCGUUGUACCCAAUGCAUCCUGCAUGCAUUGAUGGCUGUUUUCAAACUGUCACACCCUCCCUCUGGGCUGGUGAGAGAGCCACCAUAAAUGCCGUGCUGGUUCCUGCCACGCUCGAUAACUUGGUGGUGUACCCGAAGGUUUCUGGUGUUGAGGAAGGUCUUUCUCUUGCUAGAUCCCAGUACACUGGACGUGGAAGAAGGGAGGAAGCGAAAAGCUUCUUCUCUGAUUGCUCAGUCUUCGAUCAAGCUAGCGGUAAGAUCAUGCUCAAGAUGAACGGACUUCGAUACUAUAAGCUGGAUAUGGGCAGCGACAUGCACGAUAGGCACACAUACAACCGCACCAUUUGGCGACCCGAUAUUACCUUCCUUUCACAGGACCAGCUCUAUUCGCUCGCGCACAGGGACAGCUCCCGGGGAAUUCAGCACCUCAUUGAUCUCAUCGCCCACAAGAAGCCUGCUCUUAAAGUUCUGGAAGCGUCAUGCUUAGCUGAAGACUCUACAAGCUUGUGGUUCUCAAGCGAAACUAGUGUCAUCCGUUCAGGAGUCGCUCAAUACUCAUAUGUAUCAUCUGAUGCGAAAGCCCUAUUAAGCGCAAAGGAGGACUACGACGUGAUGAAGCGGACCUCGUUUCACCUUACUGAUAUAUUGAGGCCAGGAUCUUCUUUGCCGGAGAUAGACUACGACCUCGCCAUCGUGAAAGUUUCAGAUCUGAACGAAGAAACUGUGACCAAGGUUGCAGCCUCUAUACGCGCUGGCAUGUCCGACGAUGCUUUUGUUGUGUUCUUGGAGCAACAAACGGAAGCCGCCACGCCAGUCUCUGAAAGUGACAGCGACUCAAGUACGGUUUUCGUCCAUGGGCAUGAGUUGGCAACAAAGACUACCGAGAAUACUAGAAUGGCCUGUGAGGAUCAUGCGAUUGUCUCCUCUAUUGCAAACUGCGGUUACAGCAACGUUCUUCGAGCACCUCAGAGCUGGGCACCCAAGGCCUACAUGGGGAAAGUUGUUAACCAAACAAUAGAUACUGCUACCGCUAAGAGGGUCAGCGUUAUGCAUCUAUCUGAUCAUAGUCGCCUAAGCGAUGGUCUUAAGACCAUUCUUGAGCAAUCAGAUUGGCAGCUUACCGAACACUUCCACCCAUACUCUCACGUACAAGCUAAGAGUAUUGUACUGGUUAUUGAUGAGACGAUUUCUCCUGUGCUCAAUUCCAUAUCCGAAUCUCGGUGGGAUGGACUUCGUCGCAUUAUCUCGCAACGAAACCGAAUUCUAUGGGUUACUGAGGGUUCUCAGAUGGAGGCUACUAAGCCGGACAAUGCUCUGGUCCACGGUCUCUUCCGCACAAUUCGAGCUGAAGAUAGGGCUGCCGAUCUCGUUACACUCGACGUCGAAUACAGUGAGAGUCCAUCCACAUAUCUCGCCAUUGAGCGAGUCCUUCGCUUGUUCCUGAAGUCACCAUCCAAAACUCAGAUUGAAAGCGAAUUUGUCGAAAGGGGUAGCAUCAUUCACGUCAAUCGAGUGGUCCCAGACGAGCCCAUCAACACAGCUAAGAACAAUGAAAAACUAGGUGGCCCUCCUGUUGCUCGCUCGUUACAAGACAUUGAUGGCGUGGCCAUGUUGCGAGCGGAGCGUCUGGGCACUUUGGAUUCGCUCUGCUACUCGGAAAUGUCAUCUGAAGAACUACCAAUCCUCGAGAACCACAUCGAAGUAGACAUCAAAGCAGCAGGUCUGAACUUCAAGGACGUUGCAGUUACUAUGGGAAUCGUUCCCGAAAACGAGCAUCUACUAGGUCUUGAGGGAUCUGGUGUUGUCCGCCGAGUUGGAAAAGGAGCAGAAAGAUUUCGCGUCGGUGAUCGAGUGGCAUUAUUGAAGAAUGGCACGUUUGCAAACAGGAUUCAAUGUCCUGUCGAUCGCGCUCACCACAUUCCUGCUGACAUGAGCUUCAAAGAUGCUGCUACUAUCCCUCUGGUAUACCUUACCUCCAUGUACUCACUAUUCGACGUUGGUGGGCUGUCAAAGGGCCAUUCGGUGCUGAUACACUCCGCAGCUGGAGGGGUUGGCCUUUCGUGCAUCCAGCUGGCGCAGUGGAUUGGUGCAGAAAUUUAUGUCACCGUUGGAACCGAAGACAAGCGCCAGUUCUUGCACGAGAACUUCAAAAUCCCCUUUGAGCGAAUGUUCUCCUCACGCACCACAGAGUUCGCGCCAAAGAUCAUGGCGGCCACGGAGGGCAGAGGCAUUGACGUGAUCAUUAACUCACUAACAGGCGAACUCCUGGAUGAAUCAUGGAGAAUUUGUGCUGACGGCGGUAACAUGGUGGAGAUUGGAAAGAAGGACAUUGUUGACCGAAACUUUCUCUCCAUGGAACCUUUCGACAGGAACUGCUCGUUCCGUGCUGUCGAUUUCUCGUUCAGCAAGCAAAUCAAGGACUCCCUCAUUGCAAGCUUGCUAGAACGUACAUUCAAGCUCGUCUCCGAGGGCCAUCUAAAAGCCAUCCACCCCGUCACAACCUACUCGUUUAGCCAGGUACCUGCAGCCUUCGCUUUCAUGCGAAGUGGACGACACAUUGGAAAAAUUGUCAUCACUGACGAGGAAGAUACCAAGGUACCAGUUCAGGUCCGACCGCCACCUCGAGCAGUCUCUUUUGAGGAUCAUGCAUCGUACGUGAUUGUUGGUGGCCUCAAAGGUCUCUGUGGCAGUCUCGCGAUUUAUCUUGCGAAGCACGGUGCGAAGAACAUCGUUGCGAUGUCAAGAAGCGGUUGUUCUGAUGAGCGAUCUCGAAAUGUCAUCGUCAACUGCAAUGCGCUGGGUUGUGAAGUACAAGAGGCCGCGGCUGAUGUGAGUAGUCUCUCGGACGUCAAGAAGGCAUUCCAGAGCGCCAAGUAUCCAAUCGCCGGUAUAAUUCAAGGUGCAAUGGUGCUCAAGGACAAACCAUAUGAGAUGAUGACCGUCUCUGACUACCACACCACCUUAUCCAGCAAGGUUGCAGGGACUUGGAAUCUUCACCAUGCAUCCCUCGAUCUCAAAAAGCCUCUGAGGUUCUUCACUCUGCUGUCAUCUGUUAGUGGUGUGAUUGGACAAAAGGGACAAGCGAAUUAUUCAGCCGCAAAUGUCUUCCUCGAUGCAUUCUCCUCUUACCGCCUCGCCCAGGGCCUCCCAGCACACAGCGUUGAUCUUGGCGUUAUCGAAGAUGUCGGCUACGUGGCCGAGCAGGGCGGUAUGCAGAAGCACUUCGACGACCGCCAAUGGAUCGGCAUCAACGAGUAUGUCCUGCACAAGAUCCUCGGCCUCAGCGUUCUACAGCAGACCGCCCCGAUCAAGCACGCCUCUGCAUCACAGCUCAUCACCGGCAUUCUGGUUCCUCAGCCCGCCGACUCCGAGCUCGCAUACGAUGCGCGAUUUUCGGCACUGUUCCAUUCCAACGCCGACGGGCAAGAGCUUGGAUCUACGGCAAGCAGCGCGGAGAAAGAUGUGCAGGCGCUUCUGCUCCUUCGCGGCUCCGGGGCCGAGCCAGCGGCCAUGCUUGGUGCGGCUGCGGUCGCCGUCGGGUCGAAGUUUGAGCGCACACUACGCCUCCCGGAACCCAUGGAGCCCGGUAAAAGCUUAUCGACGUACGGCUUGGAUUCAUUGUCUGCGGUUGAGCUCCGGAACUGGAUUCGUAUGGAACUCGGUGUCGAGGUGACGGUGUUGGAAAUCACGAGCGCGAAUAGCUUGACGGCGCUGUGCGAGAAGAUUGUGGCCAAGAUGCAAGCUUAG